UUUUGUUUCCGUUAUUGCAGCGAGCCAUCUUGCUUCAGACGCCGAUCAUUACUUCUUCUAGUAAUUUCAUUGGUAUCGUGUCGUGGAAGAACAUAAGAGUUUAGUGGUCAAAUAAACGUUGUUUUACUUGUAUCAGUAUGGUAGGGACAAGGGUCUAUGUCGGUGGGCUUCCAUACGGCACCAGGGAAAGAGACCUUGAGAGAUUUUUCAGAGGCUACGGUCGAUUCCGUGAUGUCCUCAUCAAGAAUGGUUACGGUUUUGUUGAAUUCGACGACUAUAGGGAUGCAGAUGAUGCCGUUUACGAGCUCAAUGGAAAGGAGCUUCUAGGAGAAAGAAUUACUGUAGAGAGGGCCCGGGGGACACCUAGGGGUAGUGACCAGUGGCGCUAUGGUGACUCCCGUGGUGGUUAUGGGGACUCGAGGCGAUCUGCCCGAGACGAUAUGCGGCACGACAGAGAUAGUGUGAACAGAAACACGAGGACUGCAUCUAGCUACAAGCAAUCAUUGCCCAGAUAUGGACCACCAACACGCACCGAGUAUCGCCUUAUCGUGGAAAAUCUGUCGAGUCGUGUCAGCUGGCAGGAUUUGAAGGAUUAUAUGAGACAUGCUGGAGAAGUGACAUACGCAGAUGCACACAAACAGCGUAGAAACGAAGGGGUUGUAGAAUUCGCAACAUACUCUGACCUGAAGAACGCCAUCGACAAAUUGGACGACACAGAAUUGAACGGACGAAGAAUCAGACUUAUCGAAGACAAGAGACGUGGUCGUCGCUCCAGGUCCUCGAGUUCGAGAUCAAGGUCAAGGUCACGGUCUCGAUCUCGUCGUCGAUCACGCUCCCGCUCAAGGAGUCGUCGCAGCUCUCGUAGUCGUAGCCGUCGCAGCAGCCGUUCCAAAUCAAGGGCACAUUCUAAAUCUAAAUCUAAAUCUAAAUCCAAAUCCCCUGAACGUAGCCGUUCUCGUUCCAAAUCCAAAUCAAGAGACCGCUCAAAGUCGAAAUCUAAGUCAAAGUCCAAAUCCAGAUCUCGUUCUAGGUCCAAGGCUGAGAGGUCAAAGUCCAGGUCGCAGUCCAAAUCCAAAGCCAAGUCUCCCUCAAAUUCUUCUUCCAGAGAUAGAUCUAGUCGCGAAAGAUCGAGGGGCGACAGAUCGAGGUCCCGAUCAGGAAGUAAACAUAGCAAAAGCCGUAGCCUUUCUCGUUCGCCAAUGAACGGAGAUAAAUCACCUGAAAAUAAUAAACAGAAAGCUGAUUAAGAUAAUGAACAAACAAAAAAGGGGAUUACGGAGUGAAGUUUGAAGAGGACGAGGAGGAUGAUGACGAUGAGGAGGAGGAGGAGGAGGAGAAAGAGGAAGAAAUUUCUCUCUUUUUUUGUUUCCUUUUUUUCUACAAGUUAAAAAUACAUUCAAGAAGCCAAUUUCAUAAUGAAUUUGUUAUAAAACUUCAAUUUUUUUUGUGACACUGUAAUUAACAUGUACAUCGUAUUAAACAUAAGCGAAAUUUGUAAAUCCUAUGGAUACACGGAACAAAAAAAAAAAUUGUAAUUAACUAUAUCGGCUUAAGUAUAACUAAUAAUUGUACAUGGUUACAUACUUAACUGAACCAAUCUACAAAAUUGGUUUUAUUUUUUAAUUUUAAUUGUACAUGGUCGUCUCUGAAUACCACCACACAUCGCAUUUAGAAAAAUAAGAUGUCUUCAUAAGUACCUUAAACGGACUCUACACGUUUUUUCGAUGUAACGCCGUAAAAUAUCAAGGAAUUCCCUGUAAUGGCUUUUUGUAUAUAUUCCUAACAUUCACAUUACAAUAAGAAAAUAUGUGAUGUGUAUUAAAUUAGAGGUAAGAGGUAUCUUAUUAUCAAUAAAAAAAAUACAUGCCAA